AUGUGUUUAGUGGGAUUAGAAAUACACGUUAAGCUCCUUACCGACAUGUUGGGGUUAGUGGGUGCGUUGCCGGACUGUUGGAGGUAUCCCAGAGAAGUACUCACACAAAAGGAAAGCCCUGAAGAAGCGGACCGUGGAAUACUUCUAGCCGUCGUGGUGGUGUGGAUGAAACCUGGAAUUAUCUCAGCUUGUUCAGUAAUGAAACGAGGCCUGCUGGAUCACCGUUUUAACUAA